GUGAAAGACGAAAUUAGUUGUACUAGUUCAACUUCUCUCUUUCAUCAUUGACUACUUAUAAUUGGUAGGAUUAGUGAAGUCAUUCCACGAUAAGAAACAAGACGAUUAGAGUAUUUGAUUCCAAUAUGGUGAUUCCAUUAAUUGAAACAGACUUGGGAACAUUGCAAGGAGUUUUUGAAGAAAAUAUAAAUGGAGGAACUUAUGUGGCAUUCAAAGGUAUUCCUUAUGCGUUACCCCCUGUGGGUGAUUUACGAUUUCGAGAUCCGGUACCGAAUGUUCCAUGGACAGGAAUAAGAGAUGCUACAGAAUUCGGUGAAGUAUGUUGUCAAUAUGAUUCGGGUACAGGCAGAUGUAUUGGCAGUGAAGAUUGUCUUUACCUGAAUGUGUAUAUGCCAAAUUUGGAUUUAUCAAAUUUGAAAGCCGUGAUGAUUUGGAUACACGGAGGGGCAUUCAAAAAUGGAUCUGGAAAUGACGAUGUUUAUGGUGUCGAUUAUCUCAUCAAAUCAGAUGUCGUUAUUGUCACUUUAAAUUAUCGUCUGGGUUGCCUAGGUUUUUUACAUUUGGGAGACAAAGCUGCAUCCGGGAAUCAAGGAUUAAAAGACCAAGUAAUUGCCCUAAAGUGGGUAAAACGAAAUAUUUCACGAUUUGGCGGUGAUCCGAACAAUAUAACAAUGUUCGGUCAAAGUGCUGGGAGUGUUUGUAUACAUUAUUUGGCUUUGUCUCCGAUGGCGCGUGGACUAUUCCAAAAAGCAAUUCUUCAAAGUGGAUUGAUAUCAACUAUAGCUAGAGCAACAAGUCUCGUGCAAGUAGGUAAUAGACUCGCGAGUAUUUUAGGAGUUAGUAUAGCAAAUCCGAAGGCUCUCGUAGAGUAUUUGCGAACAGUCAAAGUGGACAAAUUGAUCGAAGCUCAAGAGGAACUUGUAACUCCAGAAGAACAUGCAGCCCUGGUAUUAUCUUUUAUUCCGGGACCCGAUGGAGUUUCUGAUAAUCCAUUUUUUCCCGAGACUGAAUCAGAUGCUAUGAAGCUAAAAAUUUCUAUUCCUUGCAUCCUCGGCUACGUCAACGAGGAGUUUUCAGCCAAGCAAGAUUUAUGCACAGCAGCCUCCGGCAUUUCAAAAUCAUUGUUUCCAGUAAUAAUUCAGGAUUAUUACAAUGAUAGGAAUCUUCCCAUCCAUAAAAUCGUCAAGCACUAUAUGGGUGAGGAUGUGGAUGAUGAGAGAAUCAUUCCAAAAUUCGUUCACCUUGCUACUGAUGCAGUUUUUCUUUCUUCUAUGCACGCGAUGUUUGAGACCCAGAGGAAAAUUUCUGAUGCGCAGAUGUUCUAUUAUAAGUUUUCUUUUGAGAGCAGGAAAACAUUGAUGAAAAUGAAGUUUACUUUUCCUGGUACGGGUCAUGGUGACGAUCUGAGCUUCCUCUUUUAUCAUAAACUAAUGGGUAAAUUGGGACGAAAACCUCUUUGUUUAGACGCCAUUCACAAUCGCAUUAUUCAAAGAUUUGUCGACAUGUGGACGAACUUUGCUAAAACAGGGAAUCCAACGCCGAAAAUAACGAAACUGAUACCGGUUAUCUGGGAGCCCAUUGAUAAGACGAAAUUCCAUGAAUACAAAUAUUUGAAAAUUACUGAUGCGCUUACGAUGGAGUCAGAGGAGAAUCAUUUCCAGAGCUUGAUUCAGAAUAUUGAGAAGUCUAAGUAAGAUUAUUUCUCUCUCCAAGGUUUCCUUGAGAAUAAUACACCAAAUAAUAACAAAAUCAAAAUUUUCCGGCGAAAGAGUGGAGCUUUCGUAACGGCUAGUGAAUGUUCGUGUGUGGAAAUUUAAUAGAUAAUUCUAGUGCUUUAGCUAGGAAAUUCCUUCAGUUGUCCUUGAAAAUUGUAUUAUAAUUAUAAAAAAAAAAAUUCAACACCAUUUCGAAAGUGUAAUGAAAUUUUGGCCUCCGCAGCCAAAUGAACACUUUCGUCUGUUAAAAAAUCAUUGAAAAAUAGUCGAAUGAUUGAUUCAUGCCUUGCACUCGUUUUGCGAUGCGUCCAUUAUGGUAACGCUGCUAAGGGUUGCACAGAAAAUUACGUUUCUACAGAAAUUCACUGUUUCCUUUGAGUUAACUUAUUUAAAAAAUUGAACAAUUUUGUUACGUACUCCACUUCAAAUUGAAGAAUAAACGAGGUUGGUUCCUCAAUAGAAUGGAACUACGUAAGUGCAAACUACUAAAUAUUGGCAUAAAAACCCUAGUCAAGAUCUACAGAUCUGAACAAUUGUAGUCCCGAUCAAUAGAUCUUAGGUAAGACUGAAGAUCCUGUUCGGCCACUAGUAUUGAGAAAAGUUUAGAGAAAAUUAUUGUGUUGAAUAAAUAUCGCGGGAUUCGAUUAUAUUACGAAUGGGAAUCAAGAGAAAAUUCAGUGCGGUAAUGAGAAUAUCCAGUAUAUCCGCUGAGGGUUUAACUAAUGAAAAGUUACUUGAUAUUGCCACUGUGGAAAUUGAUCCAAUAUUCCUAUUAGAAAGCUAAUGAAGAUGAUUGAAGAUCGUAGAAGCCACAAAGUCGGUAAGAUUAAUAGAAUCAAACUAGAUUUCAGUCAAUAGCUUGUAAUGUUGAACAAAAUCACAAUUUAAUUUAGAUAAAUUGCUAUCUUUGAUCGGGAUAUUUUUUAUUGAAUUUAUUACAUUGCUCUUCAAAGACACAAGUAUGUUAGGCAGGUUCUGGACCACGCAUCUGUUGGACAAGGCGCUAGCAUCGCGAAAAAUAAUAAGAUCGAUGACGUCAUUGAUGAUGUAUCGUUGACCUAUGACAUCAUCAUGAUGUCAUCCUGAUGACUCAUUGGUGAUUCAUUGAGUGAAUCAUUGGUGAUCUACGAGGCCAUCAUGAUAAUAAUGUAAUCUUUAAAGACUCACUGAUAACCGUUCAACUCGAUUUAAGUAUUAAUUAAUUAUUUUACUUAUACUGUAACUAUAGUUAAGGGUAGAUAAAGUAAUAAAACGUUGAUUUAUUCAUUUUUUCAACA